AUGCAGAGGUUCCUGACUCUGCUGAGGAACCACGAGGGCACCUGCCCACCUCCUGCGGAGCUGGUGACCCUCGUAGGCACGCUGUGCCGGGACCUCCGGGAUGACCUUGCCCAGGCGCAGCCUCUGGUGGCGGCUGUUCUGGACAGCCAGCUCCGCCUGUACCUCCUGGACAAUGCAGACGUGGUCCUGGUGUGCGCCCGUGUCCUGGAGCAGCAGGAGCAGCAGCAGGCAGCCUGCCGGCUCCUGGAGGGGUGCCGGGUGCCAGGAGGCAGCCAGGAGCUGGUGCAGCUCUGGAAUGACAUCCACUACCGUCUGGCCAUGAAGAGGCUGGGUGUGGCCACGCUGACCCCCGUGCAGAAGUUCCGCUGCAGGAAGAGGAACCCCCCACCCCCUUCGCUCUGCCCAGAGGGGCCAAAGAGCCGGAACUUCCCCAGAGAGGUUCGCCAGAAGCUGCACGACUUUGCUUCGGGGGUUAGCACCAACCCCACCAAGGCUGAGAGGGAGAACUUGGCUUUGGAGACGAGCUUGACCACUGAGCAAGUGUACAACUGGUUCGCCAAUUACCGGCGGCGCCAAAGGGCCCUUACUCAGCACAUGGAGCCGGCUCAGAAGGCCACAGCAGAAGACCCCAGUGUAGGAGAGAGGCGUCCUGACCCCCCGCAGCCCUCAGGAGACCCUCAUGUUGACUCUGGGUUUGUGGACAGGCCUCAGUGGUCAGAGGGACACGAGGAAAACGGGCCCCCACAGUCUCCAGAGACCACCCAAGGGCCCUGGCAGCCGCUGGCCUUGGCCCUGGACUUUUCUGGAGAUGAGACAAUCUCGAAGCCACUGGCUCCCAGGUCUCUGCAGGGUGGUGAGAUGUACCAGGAAGGGCUCAGCCACAGUCCUGCAACCCUCCCCUCUAUCUGCUGUGGCCCUGGCCUCUGCCCUCUGGCUGCUGAUAGCAACAUGCUGGACCCCUCUCUGGCUGCCCCCGAAUCAUGGCUGAUGUCCCUCGCACUGGCAUCCUCCAAGGAAGUUUCCUUCCAGACUGAGCAGCUGGUCCACGGUCAUGGGCUGGACUUCAUGAUGUGCCCUGCAGACACCGCCGUGGCUGUGUCCGUUGCCACCCUUGGCAAUCCCAGUCCUACAGGACUUGCUGACGGGCCCAGCAGCGCUCCCCAGAGCAUGCACCCGGAGGAGAGUCCAGGCACAAGCAGUGGACAGGCAGAGCCUCAGGCUGGCAGCUUCCUGGUGACACAGCCCCCACUGCAGGCUCCAGGAUUCGUCCUCACCCAGAGCCCUGCAGAGCUGGCCCCAGCCCCAUCCACCUUCGCUGGCCCUGUGUCUGCCGUGGAGCUGAGCCAGCCUCUGCCCUCCAGCCAGGUGCAGUGGCCCGAUGACGAUUCCUGCGAUGCCUUCUGGGGAGCCAGGAUGCUCCUCGAGUUUUCAGGGGGCAGCCUGGGCUGA